UGUUUAGUAGCUGUUUUGUUGUUGUUUAUCGGUGGAUGUUCCAGGGGUACUGCGCAUUUCGAGCAGCACCUGAACGCACCUGUAAGGCUUGAUGAGCUCGUGCUUUGAGCCCGCCACCCGUCCGCUGCUGGAGCGAUGGUGCGGAGAGGAGGUGCGUGACCAGCCAGGUUAUUUAGGCGUUAUUUGACUGGAACGGACCGCAGCGUUCAGGACGUGUGCUCAUUGGAAGUUUCCAAAGCUCUUACUUAGAUGGAGCUAGAGGACCAAUGGUGGAAAGGCCAACUUGCUGCAGACAUUUAUCAGGCGCUGAGAUAUAAAGAACUCAAGCUGCCGUCCUACAAAGGUCAGUCCCCUCAGCUCCGCUUCAGACGAUACUUUGCUGACCUCAUAGCCGUCAUCAGCAACCACUUCCGGUUUUGCCCCGCAGCGAGACACCUGGCUGUUUAUCUGUUGGAUCUCUUCAUGGACCGCUAUGAUGUCACCGUACAGCAGCUUCAAGUGGCCUCGUCGGCUUGUCUGCUUUUGGCAAGUAAAUUUGAGGAAAAGGAGGACCGGGUACCAAAGUUGGAGACCUUGAACAACUUGGGCUGCAUGAGUUCCAUCAACCUGGUGCUGACCAAGCAGGGUUUACUCCACAUGGAGCUGCUGCUGCUGAAAACCUUCGACUGGAAUCUGUACCUCCCUACAGCUGCUCAUUUUAUCGAGUACUACAUGUCUGUUGGUGUCCAAGAUGGAGACCUCCAUGAUGGCUGGCCUAUGAGCAGCCUGGAGAAGACUAAACUGUACAUGGUCAAGUAUGCUGACUACUUCCUGGAGGUUUCCUUACAAGAUCAUGUAUUUUUGUGGUUUGUACCAUCGCUGGUGGCUGCAGCCUGUGUGGCUGCCUCACGCCUCACCCUCCAUUUGUCCCCCACCUGGCCCUCCCGACUGCAGCGCCUCACAGGCUACAUAUGGGACAACCUGGUGCCGUGUGCUGAGAAACUACUCAUGAUUAAAGUCAUGAGAACACACCGCUGCACUUCUGGAAUGAUGCUGGCACAUGACAGUGAUGUUAUAGAGGCUAAUAUGCACAAGCGCCAGCAGGAUGACCAGCAGCAGCAUCAUCAGACGAUGUUCCACAGUUCAGGCCAGCCAGUCACUGUGGCUCAAUACCUGCACCUUCCCAGCAUGCAGCCGGGCCUGGUUCAGAAUCAGAGGCCUCCACCCUAUCUCAGCCACUCCAGCAGCAGCCUGCAGGGUCCUAAGGCGCCCCAUCACAGCAGCAACCAAACCAUCAGCACACCUCUGGAUCCAAAGUCUAGACCCUAUUCAGUUAGCCUUCAUUACACCUGCGCUGCUCAGUGCUUUGACAGAUGAUGGCUUUGUCCACAGAUCGUUAUUGUUUUUCUCCUCUUCACCCUUGAACAUAACAGAAUACACUCAUAGAAAAAAGGAAAGGCUUGGUUUUAAUUGACACUCAUGAUUUGUGCAGCACUUUAGGUUGUAAUUUGACCUACUGGACCAUAGUUGUCGUCAUCCUGGAGGAGGAUGUUUCUUUUCAAGAUGUUUGAGACAUCAGGUUUAAAGGUUGUAAAGUUCUCAUAUAGGCACCAUUUGCACUCCUCUAAAUGCUACAGUAGUAUUAAACACUCAAGUACCUCGCCAAGACUAUUGCUAGGCUGGCUAAAAGAGCAGGAACCAAUGGAGAUUCAAGUAAUUUUGGGGUUGGAAAAGAGUUUUAUGUUGGUUUAUUUAUUCUCGUUUGUGUGAAAGUUUUGGGGGGAAAAAGAAAAAACAUUGAUGUUACGGUUUAACAAUGGUUCACUUGUGCACAGAUUCCAUGUUUUCUUCUAGGAUUAUUUUAAAUAAAAUACAAACCUGUGUUACUGAUCA